CCUAUUUUGAGGAUAACAGACACCAUUUAGUGAGUAGUGUCAUUCCUCCCCUUUCACAACCCAAACUGUCUAAGAACCGAGGGAGCAACUUGAAUGAUAAAGAAAUUUACUUGGUUGAGGCGAUGGAUGCUGCUCUCGAGGAGGAGAUAAAGGAGCAUAAAGAUGAGAGUGAAAGCAUCAAAAGUGAUCGUCAUUGGAAGAGACCUUUGAAGAAAGCGAAGGUAUCAAGUGAUGAUCUCGACGGAAGGGUUUCAAGUGCUUUGGGAGUCCCUGAUGUUCCACCACUGUCACCUUUGAACCAUCAUCUUGAAGGCCUUAUAGAGCAGUUGAUUCGACCAUUGAGAAAGUUGGUACCUCGAAGACUCCUGCCUCUAAACCAGCCAAACAGUCCUUACGUCCAUCUACUCUUCUCGAGGAGAUUCGUCGAGGCAAGAUGAUAGUGGUAGGAAAAGACAUUGGGAGUCCUUCAUCCAAAGGAGAUGCCUGUCCUAAAGCACCCUUACAGAAGGUCAGCUCGACACCUGCUCCCCUUAAGUUUUCUGAAUCGUUUUUAGACACUUCUAAUAGACAGACUACGAGAAACCCUAAACCUUCUCAGUGAGUUGAUGAAAAUAUUGUUUCAAACUUCUUCAAGAAAACAGCCUUAUAUAUGUUGGAGGAUAUUCAAUAUAAGAUCAUGUGAACUUCUUUUGAAUAUAUCCCAAGACUUAGGCUAGAAAUAGUAACGGUUCUCUCGGAGAUUGAAAAGAUCCAUGCAGAUGGCUUGAUUCCUCUUGAAGAGUAUUUAAAUAGCUAUCUUAAGAGGGACAAUUUCAACGAUGUGUAAUUUUCAUAUUUUGCACAGUUGUUGUCAACAGAUAAAGCUCGUCAAUUAGACGAGAGGACAUCUGCCAUCAAGGAAGCUUUAACUUUGAUGGAACAAGUACGAGGGGAUGCCAAAGUUAUUCAAGAAAGAGCCACGCAGUUAUCUUUAGAAAAGAAGGAACUGAAAAGAAGACUUUAGAGGAUAAAUGUUGAGUCUGAACAACUGUCGAUCUUAUCUUGUGAGAAAGAAGAGGCCAUAAACCAGCAAGAACUAGAAGUUGCCAAGCUCCAAGAUGAAGUUAACACCCUUGAAAGCACCCUGUUAUUACUGAAGAAGUGAUUGAGGCACUGGCUACGGUUCCCAGGAGCAUGGAAGCUUUGAUUUAUGCCUCAUUUGCCCCAUUUUCUUUUGUUGCAAUCCUUGUAAAUGUAUAAAAAAAAAUUUGUUGAAUGAUAAUGCAAAAGA